AAACGUGAACUUCAGUUAAGGUCGAUAUUGUACAUAAUGUAUAUAAUGAAAGAUAUUUUGAUGGAAUUUAAUGUAACUAGUGAAUGACAUCAUAAAUAUAUCAGGAAAUUUUCAUGUCUAAUGUUUUGAUAGGCAUUUUACUGUGGAAUUUAUACUUCACAAACAUUUCACUACCAGUUUGAAUGGAUUGUGGAAGCCAAUAAAAGCCUUGUAAUGAACAAGGGGAAUAUUUUACUACCCUUUCUUAGGCUCAAAAUGUGAACAAAACCUGACGUAAAAAAACCUGAUAGAUGAUAUCAAAUUGGAAAAAAAGAAAUUCAUAUCUUAAAUGUUUUUAAUACAUGUAUAUUUAUUGUUUUAAAGUUAACUGUAAGAGAAGUGCAUUUGCUUACCAUAUGUACCAUCAAAAUAAUGAUAGAGAAAAAGUUCUUGUUUGAAAUUGAGGUUACUGUGUUAAAUUUUAUUCAAUAAAAUAAAUUUUAAAUAUUUUUUUUUAAUUAAUGUUUUUUUCUUAUAGUAAUUUCUUUGUGUAAAUCAUGAAGCUUAACUUAAUAUAUAUUUUCACUUCCAAUCUUUGUGUCAUGAACCAAAACAAUUAUCUUGAUUGUCAAUUAAAAGUGUGAUGUGUGUAUCACAAAACUUUGGUGAUAAAUCUUGUGAAAUGUUAUAGAAGUUCACGAAGUUCACGACAUCCUGCGUUUGCAAUUUUUGCUAAAAGUGUGGAACACUUAUUUUUCAUUAAUUAUGCAGACACAUUAAUUUGAUACAUCCAUGUAUUCAGUUUCAUGGUUGAACUGUUCAACACGAUAUAAAUAGGAUCUGGAUAUUUAGUUUAAUGUGAUGAAGGAAAUCGGAAUGGAAUUGUGUGACAGACUUUAGAAGGAUUGGCUGUUUUAUACAAAUGAAAUGGAAAGGUUGACCUUGUUUCACAAAGAAUAUAUAUGUCAAGGUUAGCCUGAUUCACUCAAGGAAUUGAAAAGACACAUAGAUAAUAAAGAUUUAACCUAUUUCAAAGGGGAUAUGGAAUGCAUACUUUCAUUUAAAGGUUCCAGUUUAAAAGAUAACCAAAGGCACACAAUAAAGGAUUGGAUGACUGGUACUAGCCAAUUAUGAUUGAGUCAAUGAAAAAGGAACUGACUUUAUUUGACCUUGUCUCAGAUUGUGACCAAUGGAAAGACAGAAUGGCUGUGAUUUAUGAUGAUGGAAAGGUGUCAGUAGGUUUGGCAUAUAACCAAGUAAUGAUAGUGGCCAGUAAGAUAAGCAGUUUGAUUGAAUGCCAUACAGAAUCACCAGAUGUCAUUGGUCUUUGCUUAGAACCAAACCAGUAUGUUCCUGCUGUUCUCAUAGGGGUUUUGAAGAGUGGCAAUGCCUUCCUGAAUUUUACUGCCAGUAGCAAAGGAUAUUUACAGAAUGUGUUAGAACAACUGAAAGUGAAUAUUUUGUUUGUUCAGUCGUCUAAUUUAAAAGCUUUAGAAAAAGUUCUCUUUCAAUUCAGUACUGAGAUUAUCAGUAACGACACUUUACAGCAUCUCAACAUGAUCUUAAUAAAGAUAAAAAGACCACCACACCCCAAGACAGAGAGGACAUCCCUGGCAUACUGCAUCACAACAUCUGGCACUACUGGUACACCAAAGAUUGUCAAAGUUCUUCACAGUUGUAUUGUUCCUAACAUUUUAUAUCAAAGGAGAACUUUUAGAAUAAGAGAAGAAGACGUCGUAUUUUUGUCAUCACCUUUAACCUUUGACCCAAGUAUUGUAGACAUAUUUGUGACCUUGAGUAGUGGAUCAUGUUUACUGAUGACAUCUGAUGCCAUGAAAGCUGUGCCAAAUAGGUUACUAUGGUUACUGACAAAGUAUAAUGUCAGUGUUAUGCAGUGUACACCAACUUUACUUAGCAGAUUCGGUUUCACAGAUCUUCAGACAUCACUUCUCUCAGAAUAUUCAUCACUGAGAGUUUUAGCCUUGGGAGGAGAACAAUUUCCACCACUUUCUCACCUUCAACAAUGGAGAGCUCCUGGAAAUAGCACUAAAUUCUACAAUUUAUAUGGUAUCACUGAAGUAUCCUGUUGGUCCUCUAUUUAUGAGGUGACAGAAUCAGACUUUAGGGAGGUGAUAGAAGAUGUUCCACUUGGAAAACCAAUGAUUGAUACAGAAUUCAUUGUGAAAGACGAUAAUGGCAAAGUUAUAAAAAAUGGACAGGGAUAUCUGUACAUAGGAAGUUUGAAUAGAAUGUGUUUCAUUAACAAUGAAGACCAGCAAACUGUAACAGAAAAAGUGUUGAGACCUACUGGUGACCUUGUCAACAUUAAUAGUCAAGGUCAAAUCAUCUAUAUUGGGAGAACAGAUAGCCAGAUCAAAAGGCAUGGGAAAAGGAUAGAUUUAAGAGAGAUUGAGCAGGUUGUAUGUAGGUUAGAAAGAAUAAAGACUUGUAAAGUCCUAUAUAAAGAUAGCAUUUUAGUAGCUGUUGUUGUAGAAUGGUCAAACAAGGUUACAUCAACGUCAUUCAAUAACUUAUUCAGCGAAGUGAAAACACAAACAGAAUACUGCCUUCCUGCUCAUUGUUGGCUGGAUAAAGUCAUCAGAAUAGAGAAAAUACCAAUGACUAACCACGGUAAAUGUGAUGUAGAAGCAUUGUGGAAAAUUGUAAAAGCUAAUUCUGAAUGUUCUGAUGAGCCAAAAGAAAUUCAAAAGGAUAUGGAGAAAUAUCUGACUAAAGUAUGGAAGGAAAUUCUAGUUAUUAGCAGAGAGGUGAAAGAAGAGGCAAUGUUUAUAUUCAGUGGUGGGAAUUCCUUGCAGGCAGUACAACUAGCCAAUAGGAUACAAACUGAUUUGAAUAUUCAGUUUCCAUGGUUACUGGAUUAUAUUUUGCACAAAAGUUUUGGUGAAAUUUUUAAAGAAAUAAUGUUUACUAUCGGAAAGAAACUAGAUACUGCUGAAAUUGACAAAAUUCAAAACAAAGGCAUUAUGAAACCAUUUUUAUCAAAAGACAGGUCAAAUUAUGAAAAUUUAGGUAAUCAAACCAUAUCUAUGGAGGUAUCAGAUAAAUUUGAUCUACAUAAGAUUUCAAGGAAAAGGAAAAUUAGUGACACUGAAAAACUCCUGGAUGAACAGCAUUCCCCAGAAAAUGAUCUGAUCAGAAAAAAUGUUUGGGAAAAGAAAACUGAUUUAUCCUUACUAAACUUGACACCAAUUAGAUUUAAAAUGAUAUGCAUAUCUAGAUGUAACAGAUGCUCCAAUUGUCUGGUUCAUAUGGACAACACAAUUUCUGAUUUUAAAUAUUUUAGCUAUUUUGUAAAUGAAUGUGAUGUAGAGUCAGAUCUACAUAGUUUUAUGGCAGUCAGUAGUUCCAAAUUUGGCUUUAAUAAGAAUAUGAAUCAAAUAGAAGAUAGACCUACAGAAACACCAACAACCAAAAGUACAUGUGGUUUUUCCUUGAAUGAAAAAUGGAUGUAUAACACAGGAAAAUGUGUUGAUGCUUCUCCACUUAUAGCUUCAUUGAGUGAUGGAAGAAUGGCCGUGUUCAUUGGAUCUCAUUCUCAUAAAUUUUCGGCCAUAUUGUUUGAUAGUGGACAGUUGCUAUGGGAGACAACUCUUGGAAAUAGAAUAGAAUCUUCAGCCUGCAUUACUUUAUGUGGAGAGUUUGUUGUUGUCGGUUGUUAUGAUUAUAAUUUAUAUGCAGUCAACAGUAUGAAUGGAGAUAUUUGGUGGAAAUACCAAACUGGAGGAGAGAUUAAAAGCUCACCAGUUGUAGAUCCUGUCACUUCAUUGGUUAUAUGUGGGUCACAUGAUCAAUGUUUGCAUGCAGUAGAUGUAAAAGUUAAAAAGAAAGUAUGGUGUACCAUGAUUGGCCACGGUAGUAUCUUUGCAUCACCAUGUGUUUCAUCUCAACCACAUUUGAUUUUCUGUGCCACUCUGGGAGGAAUUGUAGCAGCAUUACAUGGAGACAAUGGAAAAUUAUUAUGGAAGCAUAAUUGUACAAAACCAGUAUUUUCUUCACCAAUGCUGACUACAAGUGGCAUAUGUGUUGGUUGUGUUAAUAAGCAAAUAUAUCAUAUCAAUUUUCAAGGCCAAAAGACUUGGACGUUCACAGUAGAAGAUUUAGUGUUUUCAUCACCUACUGUUGUUGAUGAUGUGAUUCUUGCUGGAUCAAAUGAUUGUCACCUGUACUGUUUAUCAAUGGAAGGAUACCUUAUUUGGAAAGUGAAAGUAGAAUCAGCUGUUUAUUCCUCAGCAUUUACUUUCACUUUAAAUUAUUUUCAUCAAUGUCAUGAUAUAACUAAAACUAAAAGAAAAGAUUCUCAAAGCAAUAUGUAUUUUCUUUCAAAUUGUAGCCCUCCUAAUGUUUUCAAACAAGAGGAUGUUUCAUGUAAAAACAACACUUGUAAUUUGUUUGAAGCUGAGCAAAUUAAUGAACUAAAUGCUGACACUAUACAAAAUGGUACCAUACAUAAGAAAGGGAAAGUAAAGAAGUUUGUCACAUUUGCCUCUACUAAUGGAUAUCUCUAUAUUGUUGACUUCUAUUCAGGGGAGAUUAUUUUAAAGCACUUCCUGUCAGGACAAAUAUUUUCCUCACCUGUUGUUUAUGAUAACUGUUUAGUUGUUGGAUGUAGAAAUGACUUUGUUUAUUGUUUAAGUAUUAAAUAAAAAAUGUUGUACUAAUAAAACUUUUUAUCUUGUCUUGCCAUUAAAAUAAUGUAAGUUCA